AUGAUGUGGUACCCAGCGGUGCCUUGCGCCACCCUGCUUUAUGCUAAUGAUGGUGCGUGCGAUGCCUCCGCGCCGUCCCCUACAAAAGGGUCGAAAACCACCUACAUCACUACUGAGCCUCCCCAACUUGGACAAUACAAAUCUAUUGUCUAUGGCAAAUGUCAUAUUCGUGGCCACCGAACGGAAG